CAAUCGCACGGGAGCCUUGAGAACAACGGUCUAGAAGUCGAGCAACCAUCAACCGAUGAGGGUCGAAACUCUUCUGUCGCUUCUCGUUGUCUGUUUUUGUGUCGGGGCAGGAGGAGAAGAUGAUGGUGGUGAUGAAGAUCUCCACCGCAGCACCUUCGAUGAGCAACUCAAAACCCUGGAAAAACAGUUCGCGAACCACCUCGGCAUCCACCGGUACCGCCCCAUGGAAGUACCGAAAUUCAAAGACCUCCUGGACCUGACCGGGAUCACCCAGGAACUACAGACCCGCACCUUCACGAACAACAUCCAGGACCGGAUCAUAUGCGGGGCCUGUCAGGCCCUUAUAAGGAACCUGCAACGUAACGCGAUCACCAUCGAGGUGGUCGGUACCGCCAUCUGUAAACUGUAUAUCUCGCUAAACACUUGGACCCUUAACGAUUUUUGCCAGCAGGUGGUCAGGGUGAAUAAGCCGAUUCUGGAAUAUAUCGUGAAAAACAGUCGAAUCCUCACGCCCGAGUACGCCUGCUCCGUACUGCUGCAAAACGAGAACUGCUACAUCCACCAUCCCUCUUUGAGCUGGAGACUGGAGAUGCCCGAGGGAGGCCCCACCCUGCCCACAAAGCCCCCAUCCCCCCCGGGGGACCUGACUAGACCCUUGAAAGUACUGCACCUAUCAGACUUCCACGUUUCCCACGACUACGAAGUGGGCGGGAUCUCGAACUGCGGGUACCCGGUUUGCUGUAAACGGGGCCUAGGGAACCCGAUUAAAGGGCGGGACGCGGGUCCCUGGGGCGACUACAACUGCGACAUCCCCCCCUGGUUCUACGCGAACACCCUCAACUACAUCAACAACACCCACCGGGACAUCGACCUGAUCUACUUCACCGGCGACAUCGUCGACCACUCGAUCUGGAGGGCGUCCGAGGAGGAAAACGCGCGGGAAAUCGCUCACGUUUUCCGACAAUUGGCCGAAUCGUUUCCGAACGUGGCGGUACUGCCGGCCAUAGGGAACCACGAGUCGGUACCGUUGAAUAUUUUCGCCCCGCCGUACGUUACCGAACCGGGAUUGACGCAACGGUGGCUCUACGAGCUCGAUGGGGAUCUGUGGUCCAGGUGGAUCCCCAAGGAGGCCGUGGCGAACGUGAGGAGGCAGGGGUACUUCUCGGUACUGGCCAAUCACAAGUUACGGGUCAUUGUAUUGAAUAAUAACGUGUGUUAUAUAUAUAAUUGGUGGCUGUUGUACGACACUCACUUUCUUAAGGAACAACUCGAGUUCCUCAAAACCGAACUAACCGAGGCAGAGAGUCACGGACAAUUCGUCCACAUCGUGGCUCACGUGUUCCCGGGGGAUAAGGAGUGCAUCGAGCCCUGGGAGGUCAAUUACAACUCCCUGAUAACCAGGUUUUCCCACAUAAUCAAGGGGCAAUUCUUCGGGCACACCCACACCGACGGUCUCAAGGUGUUUUACAGUAAAAUCGACGGGAGCCCCAUUAACGUGGGGUUUAACGGGGCUAGUCUGACCCCCUACACCAAAUACAACCCCAAUUACAAGAUAAUUAGCGUAGACCCAGUUACUUUUGACGUUCUGGAUGUUGAAACGUACAGUUUCAACUUGACCGAGGCGAAUCUGUACUCCCACAGGACCCCGCUCUGGAAGAGACUCUACUCCCUAAAGGAGGCCUACGAUUUAAGCGAUUUAUUCCCGGAGAACUUUGAUAUGUUGGCCAAGAGGUUGCGGGAGGACCGUCAUUUGUUCGAUCAGUAUUGGAGGUUUUACGUGAGGGAGGGAGACGCCUCUUUGCGGGACGGUUGCAACCAGGACUGUCGUGAGGAAUUAUUGGAGAGCAUCACGAGGACGGAAUCCCUUAGCACAUGAGGAGAAUAAAUACAGUUUUCUCACACUA